AUGGUUCCAGUUUUCCUGGCUUGGUCCUCAUCCUGCAUCGUUCCUCUUCAUAGGGGAGUCGAGGUUAGCUUUGGAAACUGCAAUGAGCCGCGGUCACCGAUAGGUGGCGGAAGAGGAGCGCGUCCACACCUGAGGCGCGCGAGACCGCUCUCCGCGGCCGGUUUCGGGAUGCGGCCUGAGUCCUGCACGUCGCGGGCUCCGAGGGGGCUUCAGAGUACCUCAAGCUGUCACUCUUUCAAGAAUCCUCUUCCUCUGGUGUUUGUGGGAAGAGAGGGGUUCGGCCGUCCCUCGGCAGCUCGCCCUCGACGUCCCCGGCUCCCCCGCUGGGCACCGGGCACCUGUCGCCCGGCCUCCGCGCCACCGGCUGGCGGACUGAAGGUACGACCCCAGCGCUGGCUGAAGUCCGGGAACGGCGGAGCCGGAGGCAAAGGAGUGGUGUGGCUGUCCUCCUUGUUUUCUUUGAAAGAAGAUCAUUUUCUGAAGGCAGAGAGGUUGGGCUCCCCAGCAGCCUCUCUCAGUGGGUGGGACCCACUGAAGAAUGCAAGGGUGAGAAACGAAACCAAACCUCGGAGGAUGCAGAGGACGCAUUUCCCGUGGACACCAGUUACAUCCAUUAAUGGCUCACAAACUUUGCUCCUGUGAGUCUUCAGCCUGUGUUGCCUGUAUUCUCAGUCCUCUUUACCACUUGAUAUGGCCCGUCUUUCAAGGCAUCGCUCAACUGCCUUGGAUUUCCUCUUCCGCUUCCUCUUCAGAUCCGGUUCUCAGACAUCCUGGUUCCCAGCUGACCUGAUGCUGCUGCUCUAACCCCAGUGACAUCGGAUUUGGUAACAGAGUUCUUUGUGCAUCCGUCUACAGUCCAGGCUGAAUUUUAAGGUCUCCAGGCCAAAGCCACGUAUUAUGCAUCUUUGUGUUCCCGGUACCUAACACAGAUUUAAAAUCCAAAUUGGGGCUUCCCUGGUGGUCUCCAGUGGAUAAGACUUCACCUCCCAAUGCAGGAGGUGCAGGUUUGAGCCCUGGUCAAGGAACAAAGAUCCCAUGUGCCUCACAGCCAGAAAAACAAAACAUAAAAGCAAUAUUGGAAAAUCCGAAUUAGAUGAACCUGGUAAGGAAGAGACCCUCAGGCUCCUUGGCAGACUUCCCUCAAGCAGGCUAGAUAGAUUCCCACAAGUUUAGGAACCAGAAACUUUAGAGAGAGAAGAUUCUCUGACCCUUUUUUUUCUUUAUCUCCUUUUAAUCUCUCCCCACUCCAGCCUAAAGAUACAUAAAAAUACAUAUUACUCCAGUUAGAUAAAUAUCCCUUUGGGAACAACAUGUAUGAAACUUUACAAAUCAAGUUUUGUAGCAUAAUUUAAAAAUAUAGUCCUUGAUAUCACAUAAAAUACAAUAUUUAAAACAUUUCUGAAAACCCCAGAUAUCCCAAAAUGUCUUUGUAAUGGCUUGUGAAUGUGGGAAGAGCCCUGACCCAUGAAGCAGAACAGCUGAAUAUGAAUAUAGCCUCAAGAACCAAGUGGUUUUUUGCCACUGACAUCUGUCCCCUUUGAGUCUCUGCCUCUUCCGUGAAUUGAAAGAGUGGGGCAGUGAUUACUGAGAUUGCUCCAGCUCUAGGAUUCUAGAAGAUUCUGACUCUAUGGUUUCUUAAGGUAAAAGCAGAGAAGCUGCCCUUGAAUCAUGGACUCUUUCACCCCCCACCCUGUCAUGUGACAAGUCUGGGAAGGAUCCAUAUCCAAUGACAUUAAGAUCAAAGAAGAGUUGAAUUUUCUAAAACUAAAUAUAAUGAGGAAGUAUCUGCAUCUUGAGUCUCCCCAGAGGAAGCCACCACAAAAGUCACAGAGAUCACUGAUCUAACAUUUUUCUUCUGCCUAAAUCGAGGCUGCUUGGGCUGAUGGAGUCAGAGGGGAAAAUGGACCUUGUUCUUGUCCACGUAAAGGCAACUCAGCUCCACUGACGUCACUCAGGCACCACUUGCAUAAUAAAUUAUUUUCCAACUUAAAGUAUCUGGGCCCUUGAUCACAGAAGAAAACAAGUCUCUUCCACGAGACCUCACGGUGUUUGUAAAUGUCAAGGGCUCUUGGGACAGACACUGCAUAGCUCAAUUAACAAGUUCACACCCAGCAUCCCUCACAGUUUUUCUUGUAUAUGUUUCUUUGGGCGUUGUCUGAGUCUCUGUCUUCUGAAGCUUAAACUCAGUGCCUGGGUACUUUCUCUCUUGUGUGCCCAAGUGGUGAGUGCUUCAAAUUGGACCCUGGAUGUUACCUCCUGAAUGGCUCCUUUCUUUC